AUGGCGUGGUUACACCUUCCUCUACUCCUAACGUCAGACACCGACGAAUUCUAUUAUUAUAAUCGGCAAACCUGUCUCCACGCCUGCCGCAACGUCAUCGCUUGCUAUGUCAAUAUCCGACGCACUGCCGAAGACGGCUUUCAGUCGAGGGUUCUUGAUUUCCAAGCCCUCACUGCCGCAAUGACAAUCAUUAUCAAUGCACUCAUACCAUAUACCGCACAUGACUUCACCAAAGAGGAUUACCUAGCUCUCGACCGGGUUAACGCUCCUCUUGACAAGAUUAUAACUCGCGCGUUACACGUUUUGAAGCUUAUCAAGGCGGUAGGAAUGGGGACCGAACCCGCGCGACUUGACGAAUCUGAAGGAAACCAAUACAAGAAUGGAAGGCCCAGUCGCAUCAAGCUGGAUAUUCCCUAUUUCGGCACGAUAUACCUCGAACGUCGUACCAUACUCAAUUAUUCAACUAGAAAUAUCGCUGCGAUUAGUAUGUUGCCGACAGCCAUGCCCAGCACUACUCUUGGGCAAUACUACCCAUCAUCCUCAUGGAUGAGCACGAUCUCGGACCCUAGUUAUGCAAAAGAGCAGAUUGCAGAAACUGCACAAUGGGCGGAUACCAGCUUGACCUUCGAUCCGCCUACCGAGUUUUGGGCUCUCAAUUCUGAGUUCACGUUUUAG